GUGCCCCAGCUUUCAUCACCUCAGCUGAUUUCCUAAAUGAACAAGUUUAUCCUGCGAGUUGGUUACUUGAGGAAGCUAACAAAUUGUCAGUAUUUGAAUAUUCGACGGAUGUUCAGGUGAAACGUACUCUCGAAAAACCUAUCAAGAAUCCAACACGGGAUUCAUUGAAACAUUUUGAGAAAAAGACAGAAGACAGGAUUUCUGGAGACAAAUGA